AAAUCUUUUCAUUAGGAUAUAUGGAUGAUGCUAAUUGGAUUUCAAAUUAUAAAGAAAAUUUAGAAGAUAUUUUAAGUAUUGCCAAUAAAUUUUAUGGAUUCACUAGAGCUGCUAUUAAUAAAAAUAA